AUGGGAAGUGAUUUUACUCUGCUAGAACAUAAUUAUGCCAAGUUAGUCCACAACACAGCCUUCAACAUGGGCCUUAAUGUAGAAGACAGCUGGGCAACACCAUGCCAAAAGCUUCUCAUUCAAAACUACAAACUUAAGACUGCAAGAGUGGAAACCGAAUGUAAUCUUCAGGUGAACAAACGAACAAUACAGCUGUCUGAUUUGGCUUCUAUCAUGGCCCCACUCUUUAUUGCAGUAAUCCAGGCAGGAGUUCCUCAAGGAGUAGAGCUUACAGUUCAAGAGCACAUGACGGAGCAUGUGAGGAGAGAGGUGCGGUACAUCGCAGACUUGGAACUCAGAGACCUUCAAAAGUAGCUCACUGACCUUAGAUGA